CGAUGUUCCAGAAGCUGCGGUAGCCAAAUUAUUUGCAUCUGUUAAGGGAAAUGGGAUGCAACUCAAUCAAUAUGGCACUCUUGCCCAGUGUUUGCAGCAAUUGCCUUCUGAAGGACAGAUGCGGGCUACGGCUUCUGAGGUUCAAAGUCUUCUAGUAUCUGGAAGAAAGAUAGAAGCAUUACAAUGUGCACAAGAGGGGCAAUUGUGGGGGCCAGCUCUUGUUCUCGCUGCACAACUUGGUGAUCAGUUCUAUGUAGAAACUGUGAAACAAAUGGCACUUCGACAGUUAGUAGCAGGGUCACCUUUGCGGACACUGUGCCUACUAAUUGCAGGUCAACCGGGUGAUGUCUUUUCUGUAGAUUCUACAGCUCAAAGUGGCAUGCCUGUUGUAAAUGCAGUUCAGCAACCUGCACAGUUUGGUGCUAAUAUCAUGCUGGAUGACUGGGAAGAGAAUUUGGCUGUGAUUACUGCAAACAGAACGAAGGAUGACGAACUGGUGCUUCUUCACAUGGGUGAUUGUUUGUGGAAAGAGAGGAGUGAUAUUGUUGCUGCACACAUUUGCUAUCUAGUGGCUGAAGCAAACUUUGAACAAUAUUCAGAUACCGCAAGAUUGUGCCUUGUGGGUGCAGAUCACUUUAAAUUCCCCCGAACUUUUGUUAGUCCAGAGGCUAUUCAGAGGACUGAGAUUUAUGAAUACUCAAAGGUGCUGGGGAAUUCUCAAUUUAGUCUUGUUCCUUUUCAACCAUAUAAGCUUGUGUAUGCACACAUGCUAGCUGAAGUUGGGAGGAUAUCGGACGCAUUAAAGUACUGUCAAACAUUGUCGAAAUCACUUAAAACUGGCCGAACCCCUGAGACUGAAACAUUGAGACAGUUAGCGUCAUCUCUCGAGGAAAGGAUUAAAACUCACCAACAGGGAGGGUUCUCCACAAAUUUGGCUCCUGCAAAAUUGGUUGGUAAAUUGCUUAACCUUUUCGAUAGCACGGCUCAUCGUGUUGUUGGGGGCUUACCACCCCAGAUGCCAACAAGUGGCAGUUCCCAAGGCAAUGAAUUUGCGGCGCCCAGAGUCUCAAGUAGUCAAUCAACCAUGGCAAUGUCAUCACUCAUCCCCUCAGGGUCUAUGGAGCCAAUAAGUGAAUGGGCAGCUGAUAGCAAUCGAAUGACAAUGCACACUAGAAGUGUUUCAGAGCCGGACAUCGGAAGAACACCAAGACAGGUUGACUCAUCAAAGGAAACAAGCUCAAGUAACACAGGAAGCAAUGCAUCAGGAGAUGGAGGGACAUCACGCUUUCGUCGCUUUAGCUUCGGCUCCCAGCUUAUCCAGAAAACUGUUGGAUUAGUCCUCAAACCUCGUCAAGGCCGUCAGGCAAAAUUGGGUGAUACGAAUAAAUUUUAUUAUGAUGAAAACCUUAAAAGAUGGGUAGAGGAAGGAGCAGAGGCUCCUGCUGCAGAACCGCCCCUUGCACCCCCACCAACCACUGCUGCUUUCCAGAAUGGAGCACCAGAUUACAAUGUGAAUAGUGUAUUGAAAAGUGAAAGUUCUAUAUGCAACAGCGGAUUCCCGGAAAUGAAGAGUCCAACUUCUGCUGAUAAUGGUGCGGGAAUCCCACCUCUUCCUCCUACCUCUAACCAAUUCUCGGCUCGUGGUCGUAUGGGUGUCCGGUCAAGGUACGUCGACACAUUCAACAAAGGUGGUGGUACCCCAACAAAUCUAUUCCAGUCACCUUCUGUUCCUUCCAUAAAGCCCGCUAAUGCCAAUGCCAAGUUUUUUGUUCCCACCCCGAUGACCCCCGUUGAAGAGACGGGGAACGGUACUACUAAUGAGCAAGAAACUUCAAGUAAUAGCGAGAGUGAUUCAGUCCCUGCUCUUAAUGGAUCGUUCCAUUUCCCUGUACCAACGUCAAGCGACCCGCCUAUGCAAAGAUUUGCAAGCAUGGACAACCUCUCCAAUAAAGGAGCUGGCACGGGCUCUCCAUCAGCUGGCUCUCGAUCAGUUAACUCCCGGCGAACUGCAUCAUGGAGUGGAAGCUUUCCUGAUGCUUGUUCCUCAUCUGAAGUAAAACCACGGGGCGCUGGAUUGAGUAUGUCUCCGUUGUCAUUUGUGCCUAGCGAUGCUAAUUCAAUGCAUUCCUCUACGAAUGGUGGUAGUUUCAGCGAUGACCUUCACGAAGUAGACCUGUGACGCAAACAAGAUGUAUAUACCAAGUUUUGCUCGUCGUCCUUGUAUCCUACUCGGAAUCUCUUCACUCUGGUGGUAAGCAGUGAAGUGUGGUCAAUGAAGACGGAAAAUGCUUCCCCGUCUUCUCACACCACAAUAUACCUUUUUUCUCUCCUCUUUUUGUAAGAUCAGUUGUAUGUUGGAAUCAAUUUGCUUAUUUAGCUGUUUACUUACCUGUAGGGAUAUAGAUUUUUACUUAUUUUAUCCCUCUGAGUACCUGUUGUUUCAGAGACUUUGUUGUUACAACACAAGUAAAGUGAUCUAGAGAAACAUUGUACAGUUGAAAAUUCACCAUUCAUUAAGGAAAAAGGAAAUCUCGUUUGAUAAAA